AUGGCCGUCUCGGCGGCUUUGACCCCCGCCGCCCACGCCAUUGGCAACAUCUUCACCCUCGACCCCAGCAACCCAUGCCAGUCGUCCGCCGUGGAGCUCUUCGCGCCACACAUGACCAUCCUGGACAUAUCCGCCGAGCAGGUCAACGACCACCCCGUGCCCCAGGAGCUCGCCUUUGGCGUCUUCGUCCCCGUGCCGCCGGCCCCCGCCCGCAUCAGCUUCUGCAACGUCACCAUCACCUACACGCACCCCGGAUGGGACGACGCGGUGCAGGUCUUCCUCGGCCUGCCGCUGUCAGGCUGGAACCGCAAGUUCGUCGCCAUCGGUGGCGCCGGCUUCGCUACCAACCCGCCCCUCGAGGUGCUCCCCAUCAUGGCGGCCCUAGGCUACGCGGCCGCCGCCACCGACGGCGGGCACUACGGCCAGGACAUAUCCUGGGCACUCAAGGACAACGGCACCACGGUCAACUACCCGCUGCUCGUCGACAUGGGCUCCGCGACGCUCCGCGACCUGGCGCUGCUCGGGCGCGGGUUUGCAGAGGCGUACUAUGCUGAGGCCGCCGAGCGCGCGUACUGGGUCGGGUGCUCGCAGGGUGGUAGACAGGGCAUGAUGGUGGCGCAGCGAUACUCGGAGCUCUUUGACGGAAUCCUGGCCAACGCCCCGGCGAUGAACUGGAACGACUUGAUUGUCGGCAAGCAGUGGCCGUUUGUGGCAAUGCACGAGACGCGCACCGUACUCGCCCCGUGCGUCCUGGAUGCGUUUACCAAGGCCUCGAUUGCCGUCUGCGACAGGCUCGACGGCCUCGAAGACGGCGUCAUCGGCCUGCCGGGCACGUGCCGCUUCGACCCGUACUCUCUCGUUGGCGAGCAGGCCAGCUGUGACGGCGGCGGCCGGAUCACGCUGACGGACAAGCAUGCCUUCAUCGUGCAGCAGAUCCUCGACGGCCCAACCGACGCUGACGGUCGCCCGCUCUUUGUCGGCUCCGCCGUCGGCACGAAUCUCGCCGCCGUUGCCCCCACGAGCUGCAGCCAAAACAGCAGCACUGCUUGCGUCGCGCACGGCGUCGUCUUCGCCAACGAAUGGAUCCCCAAGUUUGUCGCCAAGGAUUACGGCCUGAACCCGCUCACCAUCACAUACGAGCGGUACCGCCAGUUCUUCGCCCAGGCGGGGGCCGAGUACGACUGGGCCAUUGGCACCAACGACGCCGACCUGCGCCACCUGCGCCGCACCGACACCAAGCUGCUGACGUUUCACGGCUUCGCGGACGAGCUGAUCCCCCCGAUGAACACGGUGCGGUACUACCAGGACGCGCUGGCGCUCGACGCCAACGUCACCGACUACUACCGCUUGUUCCUGGCCCCGGGCGUCAUGCACUGCGCGGGAGGCCUCGGGCCGAACCCGACGGCGAUGCUCCGCGUGCUGGAGGAUUGGGUGGAAAAUGGCAAGGCGCCGGUGCGACUGGAUGCGGUUGCCACGGCCGCGAAUGGGACGACGAGUCAGCGGUCGGUCUGCAUGUAUCCGGAGUCUUCAAGGUACACGGGUGGCGAUCCUACUGUCGCCUCCUCUUUUACCUGUAGCUAG